GGACGGUGUAGAAUCAAAGGGUCAAGGUCAAUGAGAGAAGGUCAGAACUGGACGAUAACGGCAACCUCUGACGACAACACAGCUUCCCGCUGGACGGGAAGCUUCCUUAUUCAGUGAUCGACACGUUUCUCCCGACCCGCGUCAAGCACGUUGCUGCAUCUUGCUCCUGCAACCAUGGCGCAUCCGUCAAAUUCUUUGCCAAUGUUCUCAAAGGACCCUCCACCUCCAAGUGAAAACGAAGGGAAUGAGCUUGAGGACCAUGAACUGCAAGGUCUACUCUCUGGUGUCCAGUCUUCCAACAGACAGGACGCGAAGAAGGAACGUGGUCUGUUCGAUUGGCUCGAUGACAGGAAACCCUGGACACGCAAACGCAUGGCUCUUAUAGCCGGGGGUCUGGUUUUACUGCUUCUUGGGGCCGCUUUAGCACCUCCUUGCUUGAACCUGGGAAGAGGUAAUAGAAAAUCCAUGCACCCGAACCAGAAAUUUGUUGGAUCAGAAUUACGUUCAAAUGGCACACAUGAUUUCAAAAGAACUGUGCUCAUUGUAUCUAUUGACGGACUAAGAGCGGAUUAUCUUGACCGCGGUUUGACGCCGCACCUGCUUGACAUCAGCAAGAAAGGUCUACGGGCAAAGUACAUGAAACCCAUUUUCCCGACGUUAACUUUUCCCAAUCAUUGGGCGCUAAUGACCGGGCUUUACGCCGAGUCACACGGAAUAGUAGCAAAUAACUUCUGGGAUCCGCAAUCCAAAUCUGAGUUCCACUACAACAAAGAAACUACAACAUGGAAUCCCUCUUGGUGGUUUGGCGAGCCGAUGUGGGAGACUACUGGACGAGCGGGACUUAUCUCGGCGAAUUUGAUGUGGCCAGGUCCGCCGAAGACUAUGACUGGUGCUUCACCGACGUACUUCAAGCCUUGGCGGGACAAGGUGCCUUUGGAUGAGAAGCUUGAUCAAAUUAUGGAGUGGAUCGAUAUGCCGCUGGAAGACCGGCCCCAGCUCAUCAUGGCUUAUGAACCGACAUUGGAUCAGGCUGGCCAUCUCAAGGGUCCCAAUUCGAAGCUAGUAAAUGAUACUUUGAAAUAUGUGGAUACAUUUGCAAAGGAUCUACACCUGGAACUCGUCGCACGGAACUUGACGGACAUUGUCGACAUCAUCUUUGUCAGCGACCAUGGCAUGACGGAUACAAGCCACCCUGAGUUAGUCUAUCUUGAUGACAUACUCGGGGAAGAAGGGUAUGCAUACAUCGAGCAUGAGGACGGUUGGCCAAGCAAAGGUCUAUGGUUCUCGAACAAGUGCAAUGUGACACAUUACCUUGAUGUACUGCUUUCGGCCGCGGCGGAGAACCCCGAGAAAUUUGCUGUGUACACGCGCGAGACGAUGCCGGAGCGGUAUCACUUUGCGAAUAGUGACCGGAUUGCACCGGUAUAUGUCGUGCCGAAGAUAGGCUACGCACUCACGACGCGGGCAGAAGGUGAUGAUGGUGUGUCCAAAGGGAGUCACGGAUACGACAAUAACGAACCCUCAAUGCGGGCAAUGUUCGUCGCACACGGACCGUUCUCGACGAAUGUUAAAGAUGUGAACAGCAAGCGUUCCGUUUCCUGGUCCUCUUCUCUUUUCUCGAGAGCGGCGAAGAUGAACGCACCGACAGGGUGGCACUCCAUUGACAAGUCUGCAUAUGUCAUGGAAGGGUUUGAGAACGUGCAGAUUUACGGCCUCGUCAUGAAGCUUCUAGGUUUAGAGGAUUGGUCCGCGAGAAACAAUGCGACGAAGGGUUUCUGGGACAAGUAUUUCUAGUGGCGUAUCUCUCUUGGUUUACUCUAUUCACUGUACUAUACCAUCUUUUUUAUUUAUGCUUGUAGUAGAGUAAUUAAUUUCGGUUUUUGUGGGUCCUUUCUUAAUUUCGAGGCAGCAUCUCGCGUC